AUGAGUGACCAGUAUAUUGUACUGGACUUUGUGUUGCCCAAGAACGUCUGUAAGGCCGCAGGCCUGAGACGUGGUCUAGGUCCCCCUCGCCACUCCACACAGCUGAGCAUCAUCAGGCCCUGUGGGGGCCGCUCGCCAGCCGUCCACCUCCCUGCCCCCGCAGCCACCCCUGGCCUCCAGGGACCACAGCUCCUGCAUGGCGCGGGAGCCCCUCACGGCGAGCCCCAGCCGUUUCCCACCAGCAUGAGGGACAUCCAUGGACUCAUGACGGGCAACGCAGAUCUCCUGGGGCUGGCUUGUUCCCUGGUCCGGAUCUCAGCCCACGUGCCCCUUGCAUACGGCUCUUGUAUAUCCUUCACAACAGUACCCCACUUCUCCCAGGAAGAAGACAGACUCUCCGCCGAGAGUCGCCGCGGUUUCCUGCUUCAACAGUGCUCCGACGGAAGCCGGCGCUCGUCCCCCACCCGGGCCGGCCGUUCAGGGCCAGCCCUCCGCCAUCUCUUCGUCGCGCCCUCGGACCGCUCCAAGGCCCCCGCCGCCGCUCGCCGCCGCCUUUUCUCAGCCACCGCCAUGAUGACCGCGUCCCCCUUGCAGGUGCGCCUGAAUGACCACCAGGACUCGGAGGCCGCCAUCAACCGCCAGAUCAACCUGGAGCUCUACGCCUCCUCCGUCUACCUGUCCAUGUCUGACUACUUUGACCGCGAUGAUGUGGCUUUGAAGAACUUUGCCAAAUAUUUUCUUCACCAAUCUCAUGAGGAGAGGGAACAUGCUGAGAAACUGAUGAAGCUGCAGAACCAACGAGGUGGCCGAAUCGUCCUUCAGGAUAUCAAGAAACCAGACCGCGAUGAUUGGGAGAACGGGCUGAAUGCAAUGGAGUGUGCAUUACAUUUGGAAAAGAGCGUGCAUCAGUCACUACUGGAACUGCACAAGCUGGCCACUGAUAAAAGUGACCCCCAUUCGUGUGACUUCAUUGAGACUCAUUACCUGAAUGAGCAGGUGAAAUCCAUCAAAGAAUUGGGUGACCACGUAACCAACCUGCGCAAGAUGGGGGCUCCCGAAUCUGGCAUGGCAGAGUAUCUCUUUGACAAGCACACCUUGGGAAACAGUGGUAGUGAAAGCUAAGCCUUAGGCUGUCUUCCCAUAGCCACAAGGGUGACUUCCCUGGUCGCCAAGGCAGUGCAUGCAUGUUGGGGUUACCUUUACCUUUUCUAUAAGUUGUACCAAAACAUCUACUUAACUUCUUUCAUUUGUACCAUUCUUCAAAUAAAGUAAUUUGGUACCC